GCUUACUGGCCGCAGUAUGCUUCUGCCUUGAUAUUUUUUAUUCUGUCUAAGGAAAUUUGAAAGCUUAAAAAAGAUGCACAUUCAUGAAUAUUGAAGUGGGUAUUUCUGCAUAACAGCCUUUUUUCUCAUUCAAAGAUUCAUCUUUUCUUGCUUUAUCAAGAUUGUUACAGUACUUUCUGGGCGAUUAGAAUUUUGUACAAAAAUCUAAUUCACUCUACUACUGUAAUACCUGUAAGAAAGUGAGGAUUUUUUUUUUUCUUCUGAUUUUAGAAGACCUAAUUCUGAAGAAAGUCUUCAGAAGUCAAAGAAACUUUAUCUGAAUGGAGGAUCCAUCGGUUACAAAAGAUAUGGACAAUGAAGAUACGGCAUUGAAGAGUCUGCUUGAUACUUUUGGUUCUGCAUUCUCUCUUGAGGAGAUUGCUUCUGCUUAUUGCAAGGCAGGCCAAGAUGCUAGCCUGGUUGGUGAUAUUUUGUGUGGAAUGCGGACAGGUCCAUCUGCCAAUGCAACCCAUGUAUCAAAGGGAUUGAUAAAUAGUGAAAUUUCUUCAAAACCUCCUAUUUAUAAUGAUUAUGACAAGUCAUGUGAAGCUAAUAGGAGCAACUCUCAAGCCUCAAAGUUGAAAAGAAAUCCUAUAUCGAUGGGUACGAAUUCUAGUUAUGCUGGGAAGGAAUAUGUUUGGCGCGUUGCUGGAUCAAAUAAAAGUCCUAAUGCAACAAAGCCUCUGAAAGUAGAGGUGCAUUCAGUGGCUCCCGUUUCAAAAGUUCAUGGGAAAAGUUGUGUUUGGCGUAUUGCCAGAUCAGAUGGAACUCUCAAUGGGACAGAACCUUUGAAACCAGAGGCAAACGAUUCCUCAGUGCCUGUCAAUACUUCUGAAGAAUCCUUGCUUUCAAGGGAUGAUAAUUUGAGUUUUUCUGACAGAUCCUCGUCAGCAAGCGAUGUCAGUUCAAAUGAUGACAUUGAGAAUUUUCUGUUUGAAAUGCUUGGACAUGGAUCUCAACUGGAAAGAAGUGCUAUUCGAGAAGUCUUAGGUGAUUGUGGACAUGACAUGAAGAAGAGCAUGGAGACAUUGCUAGCUCUUAUGGCUGCAAAUCUUGACAAAAGGAAUCCAUGUGAGGGAAUUAAUCUGCAGACGAAUUCCAAGAAUCUUUCAUUUGAAAAUCAAGUGCAAAAACAAAGUAAUGAGUGUAGGACCAUGAGAACCAAUUUGAUCCCAUCAAGGAUAUCCAGUGAUAGUUGUGAGCGAGCAGACUUGAUUGCGAGUGCUCCUGUUCUGAAAAAUGCUACAAGAUCUUGGGCAACCAGAGAAAUGGUGACUGAACCUUUGAAUGACAUUGCUGAGGAUUGUGAGGUUAAGGCCACAAGUCUUCACUUUAACAAUGUGAAAGAUGAAGCCAAAGAGGGUAGCUAUUAUAUCCUUCGCAAAGCUGUAAAAGAACAUCGCGAGACAAUGAAGCAAUAUUAUAAAGCUGCUGCAGAAGCGUUUGCAAAGGGUGAUCGUGGACGGGCGACAUUACUGCUGGAAAAGGGACAGUUCUAUUACAACAAGGCUCGUGAAGCUGAUGAAGAAUCAGCCUCAAAAAUUUUUGAGACCAGUGGAGAUGGCAAGAUGCAAGAAGAAAUGUCUCUUGACUUGCAAGGUCACGAUGCUAAAGAAGCAAUUAGUCUUGUGAAAAUUCACCUUCGUACAUUAUCUGGCAUUCCUCUGGUUAGGGAUCUGAAAAUUAUUAUUGGAACUGGUGAUCAAGAUGCUGAAAAGCGCAAGCGACUGAUUUCAAAGCUAUUGCAGAGGGAAGCCAUUAGAUGGAUUGAAGAUGAGACUUCCGGUGCAUUCUUGAUACGCUUAGAUGAAAUCAACCCAAAACGCCUUAGCUUUGGUCGAAAAUAAUACGAGAAUAUUAUACACAUGGGUUUGAAUCAUUUUGAAUUCAUCCAAAGGCCAUUUGCGCUUACUUCUUGUUCAUGAAGAACCCAAUAUAGGGUCAUUCAUUUUAAAGGCUAUUUCUAUGGCUGUUGAUUCUUAAGGUAAUUAUUGUAAACUGAUCAAGAUUCGCUUGCACAAGCUUCCUAAUUUGCGAUGCUAUUCAUUCUUUUUGUUUCUCAUGUAUAUUGGUAUUCUUUAGUGUCAAAUACAUGAGAAGAAGCUCCCAAAGAGUGAUUUAAAGAGUUGUAAUUGGUAAAAAAGGUUCCUGAUGAACAAAAGUACAACUUAUUUUUUUAAGUUCCCAAAGAAAUGAAAGAAAUUACAAUUGCAA